AUGACAGCAACGCCACGGUGUAUCGCGUUGCCUCACUCGGUCGCCCUGGCAUCGCCCUUCCUCAAACAUCACAUUCGCCUUCUGCGUACCCUACGCACACGCCCACGCUUCCCCCCACCCUUUCCCUCACCUUCUCUCACGCUUCCCCUUUACCGUUGCUGCCUCCUGCUCCCUGGGUGCACCCACAAUUCCGCUGACCAUCGCGCACGCCUCCCCCCACAUUCACACACGCUCAUCGCCCACGCUUCACCGGACCGUCACCCCCGCUUCAGCCCACCGUCAACGACGCUUCCUCUUACCGUCGCCCACGCUUCCUCUUACCGUCCCCCACGCUUCCUCCCAUCGUGGCCCACGCUUCCUCCCCGUCACCCACGCUUCCCCCCGCCGUCGCCAACGCUUUUCCCCACCGUCGCCAACGCUUUUCCCCACCGUCGCCAACUCUAUUCCCCACCGUCGCCAACUCUUUUCCCCACCGUCGCCAACGCUUCUCCCCACCGUCGCCCACGCUUCCCCCCACCGUCGCCCACGCUUCCCCCCACCGUCGCCCACGUUUCCCCCCACCAUCGCCCACGUUUCCCCCCACCGUCGCCCACGUUUCCCCCCACCGUCGCCCACGUUUCCCCCCACCGUCGCCCACGCUUCCCCCCACCGUCGCCCACGCUUCCCCCCACCGUCGCCCACGCUUCCCCCCACCGUCGCCCACGCUUCCCCUGCCAUCGCCCUCCGUGUCGCUCGGGAAUCCCCCCUCCCGCCGGCCUCCCUCCCCUCCCGCGAAAAACCCCUCCGUCCUCUCAUUACCCCGGCCUCUCAUCCCCGUGUCCCCUGUCCUCUCAUCCACUCGUCCUCUCAUCCCCCCGUCCUCUCAUCCCCCUAUUCCCUGUCGUCUCGUCUCCCCAUCCUCUCAUCCCCCCGUCCCCUGUCCUCUCGUCCGCCUGUCCUAUCAUCCCCCCCUCCUCUCAUCCCCCCCUCCUCUCAUCCCCCUCUCCUCUCAUCCCUCCGUCCUCUCAUCCCCCUGUCCUCUUAUCCCCCCGUCCUCUCACCCCUCUGUCCUCUCACCCCCCUGUCCCCUCAUCCCCCUGUCCUCUCAUCCCCCUGUCCUCUCAUUCUCAUGCCCCCGUCCUCUCAUCCCCCUGUUCCCUGUCCUCUCCUCCCCCCAUCCUCUCAUCCCCCCGUCCCCUGUCCUCUCGUCCGCCUGUCCUCUCAUCCCCCCGUCCUCUCAUCCCUCUGUCCUCUCGUCCCCCCAUCCUCUCAUCCCCUCGUCCUCUCAUCCGCCUGUCCUCUCAUCCCCCCUUCAUAUUCUCUCUGUCCCCCUUCUCUAUGUUUCCCUUCUCCUUAUCGCCUUUCUCCCUGUCCCUCGUCUUCCUCACCCCCUUCCCCGUAUACCUAUCCCCUACUACCACCAUUGCCUUCCCUGCCCUUCCUCACCCUCCCUCCUAUUUCCCCCCAUCCUCUGCCUCCCUUUCCCUCACCAUCUCCCCAUGUGUGGCAACUGUCAGCAAGCUCAUCGCCACCACACCUCUCUCAACAGAGGACAAUGCACUGAUGUGGAUGGAGACCGGGGGUUGUCCACCUCCAACACUUAUUGGCUCGUACACCAUAUGA